ACUUCUAAAUGUUUGAAAAUCACUUAAAAAAAUGUGGAACCAAACGUAGUUUAAUUGCUAAAAAAUAUCAAUGUUACAAAAUCAAUUGUAUCUAAAUUUCUUUUCCUAAAAUCAUAACUCCAACAAUCACCCUCAAACAUACUUUAAAUCACCGGACAAAAGUGACCUUAAAAAUUUCAAAAUUUCUCAAAUAUGCACAUAAAGGAACCUAAAGAUUCUCCCUUUUGGCUAAUUUUAUCCGUAGUAUAGAUAUAGAAUUUCUUUGAAUUGCUUUGAUUAGACGCUGUCUAAAGCUCUAUUCUUCCUUUUUUCUUCAACUAUGGGUUUCUAGGGAAUCGUCUGCCUGUAGGUUCAAAAAGUAAGCUUCCAAUUUUUCUCUGCUUCUUGUUCACCCUACUGGUUUUCUCCGUUUCGCUGCCAGAAUUUUUGCCUUUUUCAGGAUUUCCUUCCCUUUUUCUUAAGACUGCAUUCCUUGAGAAAUUGUGGCAUGGGUGGUUUACCUGUUGUAAAUUCUUCAUCAGCCAUAGCGUUGCCGGAAUCGAAACUUGACCAAGCGUCAACAGUGAUCAAGUCUACCCCAGAUGGAAAACCAAAAAAGAAGAUAUGUUGUGCUUGUCCCGAUACUAAGAAGCUUAGAGAUGAGUGCAUAGUGGAGCAUGGUGAAGAAGCAUGUGGAAAAUGGAUCGAGGCUCAUCGUAAGUGUCUUCGGGCGGAAGGAUUCAACGUCUGAAUUUGAUAACCUAAUAAAAUGAAAGAUUUGAUUUUCUGCUAGUUUACAAUUUAGCUAUUUGAGAGAUACAGAUACCAAAGAAAAUUAAGAAAUAAAGUGAGAGAAAGGAGGUAUAGCCAAAGCUGCAAUGCAGUAAGUACAAUUUGGCUUCGUAUUUUUGUAGGCUCGGGCCUUUGUUAUUGACUUACUGUAUUAGUUUCCUCAUAUUAUUCAAAAUUUCUUACUAUUUCUUCUUUA